UGUCGUUCCAAAAUAUACAACACAACUAUCGACGAUAUCGUUUCGUUUUUUUCACAACGAUGGUCGGCGAACGUGUGUUCUGUGAACAUGGAGUAUCAUAAAGACUCGUAUAAUUAUUCGCGUUGACAACAGGAUUUUGUGGUGAUAUUAUUAUCACACUUAUCCCAUUAACGUACAGAGCGAUCUAUCUAAAUCCAUAAAUACCAAUUAUUGCUUUAUUUAACAAAUAUUGUCCUCAAAGUGACAAUAGUGUGCUGUGUGUUGAUCGUUGAAAAAUAGUUUUAUUAUCAGUGUGUGCUAUUUCUCCAAAGAGUGUUGUACAUUGUCAAACAUCAUUGUGUUUAUUUAUUACUAUUAUUAUUUAUUAUUACAAUAAUUAUUACAGCUAUCUUUAUUAAGAAUACCAAAUAAAGUUGUCUUAGCAGCGUUUACCAGCCCCGUCAGUCAUCCCAAAUAAUAAUUAUUUCAUAGUAAAUAUAUCGCGAGCAGUUCUGAGUAAUCGCAAGUGAUCCUGAAGACAAAGGAAUUGAAGAUAAAAUAUAUAUUACAAUGACUCGGUCAAGGACCAGAAAGAUUAAAGGCUAGACGGAGUAAAAAUUGCUGGAUAAAAUUUUGAAAGAAAAUCAACUGAUGAUUCUGUGACCCACGUGAAUGUGGGGUACGAUAUCGCGGUUAUUCGCGACGAAGCCAAGGUCAUCGGUGAGAUCACCAGAACCCGGCGAGGAAGCCGUUGCUGCUGAGAAGGAGGAAAAGAAUUAUUAUUACUACAAUAACAGCGAUCCAGCGUGUAAAAAUUUAAACGGCGUGCCUCAGGCCGAGCUGGCUGUCCAUGUUUUCGAAUCGAUGGACCGUAACAUGGGAGACGACCGACGUCCGAAGGGUGGUCCUGGUGAUCAUGGAGUUACCGAUAAUGAACACUUCUCCGAUGCCUAUGACACACGUCAGGCCAAACAACGUGCCUCCGUGAAAUGGCUCCUCUCGAAGGCGUACAACAACCGCGUGCCGGACAAUCUACGCGAGCCUUACUAUCGUGAUCUGGAGGAUCAAGAGCAUUUAAAACCACAAAUUGUUCAUGCGUUAUCAAAUGCUGAGCUAUAUUGUCUUGCAUUGGCGAAUAUUUAUUCGGACCCGAAUUACCACAACCAAAACCACUGGGGAAUAUUGCAAGCGUUAGCGAGGAAAGGUGUCUAUGUAGCUGAGCCUAAUAAUUCUCAAUUAACUGAAACUAUUCUUAUUCAAAAUUCACCAUUAAAAAUGUCUGCACAUAUGGCUGUGAUAGAAGGUUUGAUGGUCUUGUACGCGAAGGAAGUAGUGACAGGAGACCGUGUAGUGGCGGCGAUCCGACGAUUUGAUCCUCAGCCAGAGAUUGAAGUGCCUAGUGACCAUGAAAAGGGCUUACUUAUGUGGAUAAGUCAUGCCUCGCAUGCAUUAAUCGCCAAAAUCCAAACGGAAGAAGGCGCUGGAGACAAAACGCGACUACCUGAGUUACCUGCAGCCAAGGACUUUCAGUCAUUGUGCGACGGUGUGGGUUUGGCUGCUGUUGUGGCCUUCUACUGUCCCGGCGAGCUCAACUGGAUGGAUAUUAAAGUGUCAAAAAGACCCUCUGUUGCAGAUGCACUCCACAAUCUCUCACUUGUUCAUAAUUUUUGCAUAAGAUGCUUGCCCUACUCUAUUUUUCAUAUGCAACCUGAGGAUGUUACUUACAUGAGAGGGUCUAUGAAACAAAAUUUACUGGUUUUUCUCGCGGACAUGUAUAACGUGCUCGAGAUACAUCCUGUUAAAUGUGUACGUUAUCCAGGAGAGGAAAGAGCCAUGCAGCAGUAUCUCGAUGCUUGCCCGCGCAAUAGUCACGGGGUAGCUCAUAAACGAAGUCUACCGCAAGCUAUAGCUCCAAUUCCUGAUCUGAGAAGCAACCUCUCUGUGUCCGCGCCAGGUUUCACAGUUGGAAAGCCUAUACCAUCAAGCUCUGUAAGAAAAUCACAAUCGCUUCAACAAACGGCUGAAAGUCAUUCAUACGAUGAUAGACGCGCCGGGUCUGAAGAAAAUUUUAUAGUACACAGAAAUCGUGGUAUCCCGACCCUGAGUUCUGUAAUAGAUGAUAAAUAUAAUAAUACAGCUGCUGGACGGCCGAGUAAUUGGGAAGACCAACGAAGAAGUUCGUACGCAGGAAGACGUUCGCGACGCAACAGUGUGACGGAUGAUUCCCAGUUGACAAUCGAAAAUUUUGGUGGAUCACAGGACAAUUUACAUAAUUUUGGAUGUGUUCGAAACCCCGAUAAAGAGUUAGUGCACACGGGUAAGCGCACCGCCACUGAACCCACACUUCCAGCACGCUCAAGCGUCCAAGACGCUUACGGGAGUGACGUCCAGAAUAUUUUAGCUGACAACGGUUACGGGAAUGACGACCUGCCACCCACGAGAUUACGACGACAAAUUUCUAAUUCUAAUUUAAAUAACUUGAGUCACAAAAAUGUUUUACAUUCCACGGAUAAUAAUAAUGAUAACACUGACGGCGAAAUAAAAACAACAGCCAAUACGAGUGCUACAAAAAUGUCAAGUUUUGCUAAUUUAACCCAACACAAUUCGGAAAAGAGUAUUAAUUUUAAGUAUACUGAGCAGCAAGAACAUGACGAACUCAGUGCCAAUAAAGUUAAUUAUAAUAAUAAAAAAUUUGGACAAAGUAAUGGUAAUGGUAUUGGAGAAAAGAAAACAACUUUUGCGACUCUACCUAAUACAACAACGUGGCAGCAACAAAGUGCUCAACAGUCUCAACAAUUGGAACAACAAUCAGCUGAUGAAAAUGGUGGUAAUACAAUGGUAUACGCUGCGCAAAUAAACAACAUUAAAAUGAAAUUAGAAGAAAAACGCCGGCUUAUCGAAAACGAAAAAAGAAGAAUGGAAGUUGUUGUCUCGAAACAGCGACAAAAAGUAGGAAAAGCAGCUUUUCUUCAGGCUGUAACCAAGUUUUACAUUGCGGGUAAGGUUAAAUCUCCUUCUUCGUCAACAUCCGGUGGUGACAGUCCCGUAGAGCAUGGUCCUCCUACUCCAUUGUCCUCCGGAUCCGCUGGAGAUACCCCAACAAACGUUACUAAGACUACGUCAUCAGUACCUCAUCAAAAUGCCCAAGAAAAACCGCAGCGUCCUUUUUCACUGAAGGAAAUUACUGAAGAUAUUCAUGAUGUUGAGCACAAGUGGUUGGAGCAAGAUGGUAGUGCACCAUUUACUGAAACUCGCCGUACUCCUGACAUCGAAAACAUGGAUUUCGAUCAAUGUCAACAAUCUAUAUCACACAUGAACUCGACUUUAAACGACAUACAAGUAGACAUCCAACGUCUCGCGAGCCAACAAAAUCAAAUUCAACAACAAACUCUGAUGACCCAGCAACAGCAACAAAUUCACCAACAGCUGCAAGAGCUCCAGAGUUUGCGGAGCCAACAACAACAUCUGCAAAGUUUUGGAAUGCCGCCGAUAAGCCCUAUGACUCCGCGACUUGCAGAUACGCAGCCAGGACAAUUUUACUUACAUGACCAACCGCAGCAAAUGCAGAGAAGAACCUGGGGUCGGCCGGCACACCAGCAGAAUUUGCUUAACGAAAUGGCCUCUGUGGGCCACUAUCAACCACAACCGGUUGUCGACCCCCAUUAUAGUCCUCAGCCAGUCGCCGCUGCCUCUGUUAUAUACCAACAAGAUCCUCGCCUGUAUCAGGACACAAGGACUUGGGGUACUGGUGCUAUACCUCAGCAGAAAGGGUUUGUUUUGCAUGAUAACACGCAAGAUCAACAACAAUAUCAGCCGAGGUAUCUCAACGGUGGCGAUCAUAGUCUCUGCAAUAGUCAAAUGCAUCAACCGAUUCAAAAUUAUCCGUCGGCUGCACUUUUUAAUCAAACCCCGCCCACGGCUGCUAGUCCUCAACACCGUAAUGCCGUUCAUCGGAUAAGUCAACUGAUAAAUGAAAGUCCAGAGACUAAAAAGUCAACAAUACACCAUGUCCCAAUUACUUGUGAAAGUCCUACGGAUAAACGUCAAAAUAAUAUUAACAUCCAUACACCUGUACCAGCACCGCCGGUUGAUGAUAUGGAACCACAAAAUAUAUCAUUCAUUGGUAACGACGAUGAUUUCACACAAGGAAUUAAACGACUACAUAUCACAUCAGGAAGUCGUACAUAUAGAAUAGCCUCACCAACAAAAACAACAAUCUCACGUAACUCUUUUCAACCUCACUCAUCGUUGCGUGAAGCGUCGCCGUCACCUACUUCAGCUAUAUCUCCUCCAGAAAUAACUCCUCUAGACUCAUCGGACGCUGGUGAAAAGGGAUUUUAUAUAUCGUUUGACAAUGACGGGCCGAAGAAGCCAAAACCUGCAUUGCGUGUAAAAAGGUCGCCCAAAAAAGAACGCACUGUAUCCUCGUUUAUCGAGCAAGAAGAUUUUACAGCGCGUCCCGAAUCUCCACCUGCGAAUCCUGUAGACCGACAACGGCAGCUAGAGGCUCAGCGUGACCUGGAACGAGAACGCCAGAGGCAAGCCGAAGAGCGUGAGUAUCAUCGUCAGGAGAUGCGGGACCGGGAAUUACGACGAGAAAUAGACAAAGAGCAACGCGUAAGAGAAGACAGACUCCGUACUAAUAGUGAGAGUCGUCAGAAUGCUGCCAAUGCUGUUGGUUUGGUCAUCGGGAAUCAGCUUGCUAACCCGGAUCCCAAUUCUGUUGAUGAAAUGGAGCGCAAGAAGGAGCGUAUUAUGCUGCUGUCGUUGCAGCGACGACAACAGCAGGAAGAAUUGAAAGAACGGAAAGAAGCUGAAGCUCAGGCGCGCCGGGAGCAGGAAAAAAUGAAAGAAGAAGAACGCUCGAGAAAAAAAGAAGAGGACCGUCAGAGAAGAGCUAUGAUUUUAGAACAGCAUAAGUUGAAAAAAGCUAUCGAAGAAGCUGAACGUGAGGGUAAAGUAAUUGACAAAGAACUUCUUAAUGCCAUAAAGCCAACUCCUAAAUUACGUAAUAAGACUGCAUCGGCUCGUCCACGACCGAAAACAAUCCACGUUGAUCAAAGUUCGGAAAUAGAUUCUGGAGCUCUGACGCCUAGUCGCGGGAAAAAAGGUUCUUCCUCCAAUCUCAGUACAGCGACGCUGAUCUCACCAACGAUGAAACGAGAUUACUUCAGAGGCUCACAGGACACACUUACUGCUGCCCAUUUCGAUGACCGUCGCGCCGGCCUCUUCUCUAGGGGUGGCAGUCUCAAGGUAUCUUCUGUAGACUCACCUGAUGACGGUAGAGGUUGUUCGCCUUGUCGAAGCUCAACGCAACUUGGACGCCGCGGAUCUUACAAAACAUCACGAGAUACGCAGGAGCCUCAGCAACAGCCUAGAGGCAGGCCUAAAUACUCAACUUACCAAAACUUUAAGGGAAGAAAGUCAAAUUCGUUGAUGAAUUUGUGUGAUACGGACAGCGGUUUGGGGCGAGCAACUCCUCCGAGAAGAGCACCCAGUCCUGGAAUGGGAAGUACCAAACAUUUGCCAUCGCCGUCGGGACCUGGAUCUCUUCCGCCUGGUCUUAUGUCUAAACGACGGUUUGAUGACGGCAGCAGUGACAUCAGCAGCACGCCUAGUUCUAUGAUGGAGUACAAUGGUCCUCGAUUAUACAAGCAACCAGCGACUAAAUCGAAUCGUGGAAUAAUGCUGAAUGCUGUUGAGUAUUGCGUAUUCCCUGGAUCGGUUAAUAAAGAAUCCAAGAGACGCGUACUGGAAGAAAUUGGACGAUCCGAAAGUAAACAUUUUCUAAUACUCUUCAGAGAUGCUGGGUGCCAGUUUCGAGCACUUUAUUCUUAUUGUCCUGAUAAGGAAGAAGUUACUAAGUUAUGUGGCACUGGACCUAAACAAGUUAUUGAUAAUAUGUUUGAUAAAUUUUUCAAAUACAAUUCUGGUGGUAAAUGUUUCUCUCAAGUGCAUACAAAGCAUCUGACUGUGACCAUAGAUGCCUUUACGAUACACAAUAGUCUUUGGCAAGGUAAAAAAGUAAAUUUACCAAACAAAAAGGACAUGGCUCUCGUCAUAUAGUUUAUACACGAUAAAAACUUUACCUCUAACGUUAAAAAAAUAUUAAUUAACGCCUCCGUUAUAGUUAAUAUUUUAAUAAAAAUCCAUACGUUAUGUUUUUAUUCAAUAAAUAUAAAUUUAAAUAACAUCCUUAUUAAUUAAUUAACUAACUGAGAUAAUUAAUUAAGUAAUUAACAUGUAUGUAAUGUUAUUUAAAUAUAUAUUUAAACAUUUAUUACUGACAGUUAAAUAUUCAUGGCCUUGUGUUUAUGUUAUUGAUGUAUUUUUUACUACUUAUAUCGCGAUAUUAACACCGAUAUAUAAUUAUUUUAUGAGAUUAAUAUGAACAAUAGGAAUUGUAUGUUAUUAAUAAAUAAAUAUUGCGCGGACUAACAGCAUUAAUCGUCGUAGUACUCUUUAUACUGUCACAGAUCUAAGUGCGCACUCUAUUCGACGAGCACAAUUCUCAUUUAAAACUAUAUUAUAUUAUUAAUUAUUAUUGUUUAAAAAAAUCCACGAGCUUCAUUUUUUUAUUUUAUUUUUAUUAUUUAAUUAUUAAAAAAAAAAAUAAAUAAAAACCAUUUGUACGUUAAUAUUUUGGAGUAAUUAAUAACGAACUUCCAUUAAAGUAGAUAAUUCGACACAUUGUUGUAAUUUAUCACUUAUUAUUUUUAGAGACUGUUGAUCCGUUGUGAGUUUUUUUUUUUUUUUUUUUUUUUUUUUUUAAUCAAUUGCUGUUACUAAAAAGAUUUUGCAAGAGUGAAUAUAAAUGAAUAAUAUUUUUUCUUAUAUAAUAAUAAUAAUAAUAAUAAUAAUAAUAAUAAUAAUAAUUAGUAAUAAUUAUUAUUUUGAGAAUACUCAUAUAAAUUAAUAGUCUCUCAAUAGUCAUAUAAUUUUUUGUUGUGAUUGUUGAAAUUAACAACGAUUAGUGUGAUUUAAGUAAUUUAAUUAAAAUGUUGAUUAAAAUAAUUAUUAAAUUUUACUCUGUAUAAACAAGUUCAUGGACAUGAAUUAGGUUUGUAAAUAAAAACAUUUGCUAAUUAGUUGUGAAAAAAAA